AUGCUGGAGUUAUCGACCAUCUCCCUGGCGGCGUUGCUAUUCCAGUCCAGAACGACACUCGCAACAGCCACGCUUCAGACAGCGAUGACGAUAACCAACUCUACUCCAUCCUCGACGGCUCCUCACUUGACACACACCGUCAAAGUAGGACCGAAAGAGAACCCGCAUCAAUAUUCGCCACACAACAUCACCGCCGCUGUUGGCGAUGUCAUCGUCUUCGAGUUCUACCCGCGCAACCAUUCCGUCGUCAAGGCAGACUUUAUGGCGCCUUGUGUGCCUGCUGCGGGGGAGAUCUUCUACUCGGGAGAGUUCAAUACCUUCAACGAGAAUAGCGAUGGGCAACUGGAAGGAGAGCCUCCUACCUGGUCACUAGUUGUGAAUGACACCGAGCCCACGUUCUUCUACUGCACAGCAGUCGACUCAUGUCUCGUCAAUGGAAUGGUCGGAGUAAUCAACCCAAACGAAACGAUGACCUGGGAAGCACAAUACGCCCAGGCAAGACGAUACCCGUACAUGCUCGUGCCGGGACAAUCACCACCCGCCGAAGGAACAGGCUACUCGUCCUCAGCUACCAACACUCACAAGAACUCUUUCAGCGGUGGCGCCAUCGCCGGUAUAGUGGUCGGCGGGGUUGCCUUUGUUGGCAUCCUCCUCGUCGUCUUCUUCACGCUGGGUCGGAACAGAGUGUAUAAACAGUGGAUGUCCUCGCAGGACGGGCGGAUGGAGCGGACGGCUCGCUGGGCUCUCUUUAGUAAUCGAGGUGAGGUGAAGAGUGAGCAGGGACUUACUGCGUCGUCUUCGGUGGGAGGCCAUGGUACACUCUCGUCGGGCUCCGGCGCUUCGCCGCCUGCUAUCCCGCCUCCUGUGCAGAUGGUGAGAUAUUGGAACUGGGAGACUGAUACAAAGCAGCCGCCGCCGCAGGAAGGGAUUCGUCAGCCGAGUGAGCUGGAGGCGAGGAGUGUUGUGGGUGCGAAGCCAGGAGGAAUGUACUACGGAUGGAGGUGA